AUGCCACGACCGAGUCCGGACGGAGACGAUGGAGGUCGUGCCUUACGAUUUAACCCGGUUCUCAUCGGUCUUCUCGGAGUCAUUGCCGGAGCCAUCGUGGUGGCUACUUAUCACUUUAUUCACUCGAUUUGUAGUUGCUACAACCGGCCGCCGACGGAGACGGUCAGUGCUAAUACCGGCCAAAAUGUUCAUCAAACUCAACAUGAAAGGCCCCGUGAACGUCAAAGAAGCGGGAGUGGUUCGAUGAUUCAUAGGUUGAUUCCCAUAUUUCGAUACAACAAAGAUCGAAACGAAGAUAUGUGUGCCAUUUGCUUGGGUGAUUUCAAGGAAGGUGAGCAAAUCCGGGUUUUGCCGGAUUGUUUGCAUUUUUUCCACGUGGGAUGUAUCGAUAAAUGGUUAAAUUCGCACUCGAAUUGCCCGCUUUGCCGUGCUGAGACUUUGUCGCCGCAAGAGGUGGACGUUUCUUUGCCGGAUUCUGGUAGAACACUAUAUUUCUGA